GAGCGCGGUCACAGCUCCUCCUCUGCUGGUUUGGCUUUUGGUUCCUGUAAACCCUGGGCCUGGCCGAGGCUGCUACUGGAAGGCUUGUUUCCCUGCUGAUUUCUACCUCUUCCACCCCUGGCGGGUCCUGGAUUUCAGGAGUUUAACAGAUGGCGGCACAAUGUGUAACGAAGGUGGAGCUGAGUGUCUCCUGUGACAAUCUUUUGGAUAAAGAUAUAGGCUCAAAGUCAGACCCUCUAUGUGUAUUGUUACUGAAUACCAGUGGACAGCAGUGGUAUGAGGUUGAACGUACAGAAAGGAUUAAAAAUUGUUUGAAUCCCUCAUUUACCAAAAAAUUUUUAAUUGAUUACUAUUUUGAAGUGGUUCAAAAGCUAAAGUUUGGGAUUUAUGACAUUGAUAACAAAACCAUCGAUUUGAAUGAUGAUGAUUUCUUGGGAGAAUUUGAAGUUACUUUGGGACAAAUUGUCUCUAGUAAGAAGUUAACUCGACCAUUGGUCCUCAAAAAUGGAAAACCUGCAGGAAAAGGCAGCAUCACGAUUUCAGCUGAAGAAGUAAAGGAUAACAGAGUGGUCUUAUUUGAAAUUGAAGCAAGAAAACUGGAUAACAAGGAUUUAUUUGGAAAAUCUGAUCCCUACCUGGAAUUUCACAAGCAGACAUCAGAUGGACAGUGGCUAAUGGUACACAGAACAGAGGUCAUUAAAAACAACUUGAAUCCUGUUUGGAAACCUUUUAAAAUUUCUCUUAACUCUCUGUGCUAUGGAGAUAUGGACAAAACCAUUAAGGUAGAGUGUUAUGAUUAUGAUAGUGAUGGGUCACAUGAUCUCAUUGGAACUUUUCAAACCACUAUGACAAAACUAAAAGAAGCCUCCCGAAACUCUCCCGUUGAAUUUGAAUGCAUAAAUGAAAAGAAGAGGCUGAAGAAGAAAAGCUACAAAAAUUCUGGUAUUGUCAGUGUGAAACACUGUGAGAUUACAGUGGAAUGCACAUUCCUUGACUACAUCAUGGGAGGAUGUCAGCUGAAUUUUACCGUGGGAGUAGACUUCACUGGCUCCAAUGGUGAUCCUAGGUCUCCUGACUCUCUUCAUUAUAUCAGCCCCAAUGGAGUUAAUGAAUAUUUGACUGCUAUCUGGUCUGUUGGGAUGGUCAUUCAGGAUUAUGAUGCUGAUAAGAUGUUUCCAGCCUUUGGAUUUGGGGCCCAGAUACCUCCCCAGUGGCAGGUAUCACAUGAAUUUCCCCUAAACUUUAACUCAGCAAAUCCCUUCUGUAGUGGAAUACAAGGCAUCAUAGAGGCGUAUCGGACCUGCCUUCCUCAGAUAAGACUUUAUGGGCCAACUAACUUUUCUCCAAUAAUAAAUCACGUGGCCAGGUUUGCUGCUGCAGCCACACAGCAACAGACAGCAUCGCAAUAUUUCGUGCUCUUGAUCAUUACCGAUGGUGUGAUCACAGACCUUGAUCAAACCAGGCAGGCCAUAGUGAAUGCUGCCAAACUCCCCAUGUCCAUCAUCAUUGUUGGUGUUGGAGGUGCAGACUUCAGUGCGAUGGAGUUUCUUGAUGGUGAUGGCGGAGCCCUGAGGUCUCCCACUGGAGAGACUGCUAUCAGAGACAUUGUUCAGUUUGUUCCUUUCAGACAAUUCCAGAAUGCUCCAAAGGAAGCCCUUGCUCAGUGUGUUCUGGCAGAAGUUCCCCAACAAGUGGUGGGGUACUUUAACACGUAUAAACUCCUCCCUCCGAAGAAUCCUGCUACAAAGUAAUGGAGACAGCUCAGGAGAAUUCCUUGGUGCCAGGUGGAGCUGUGGGUUCGUCAUCUCCCGAACAUGCAUUCACUGUGUUGGUUUUUGUGACCCCUUAUGGUCUAUCUGUGUGUGACAUGAUUUUUUUUUUUUAACAUGGAGCCAUAUCUGUUCAAUGCAUUUCUUUUGGAAUAUCGUUGUUGUAUAUGCUUGUGAUUUCUUUUUGUAAAGCUGAAGAGUGAAUGUCUAUGUAAUCAAUUUAGUAACUGGUAAUUGGUAGGAAUUGACUGAGGCAUGGUUGGGUUAGAAAGUGGCAGUAAGAUGACCUUUGCUUUACAUUAAUUGGAUAUGAUUGUGAUGAAGCUAUUUGUGAAUGAUGAUAAGUCAUUUUGGUGGAACAAAUGUUAACCUAUGAAUUCCUAAGCUUUGCUGUUGUCCCAGUGUGUAUAUAUUCCACAUGCAAACUCCCACUCUUGAUCAAGAUAAAGCUGUUUAGCUGAGAUGAGUUGGGGGUACUUUAACUGGUCCUUCUUAUAGCUCAUUAUUGCCCAUAGAGUGUCGGCUUUCUUUACUUACCUCUACAUAGUGCUGCAGUCUAUAAGCCACAUCGUUAUGUAAAUUAAUGCUUUCGCCUUGAGGGGAAGGCAGUUUCUUAUUAAACAAUCACUGAAUAGAUACCUGUUACAGACAAA